AGUUAUAUAUUUCUGUCCAGCGCUUGGCGCCGGCCUCUUGUCCUAGUCUUUCCAGCGGAAAGUCUGACCAGGAUCAGUCAUGACGACUUACAGCGACAAAGGAGCGAAGCCCGAGAGAGGCCGAUUCCUGCACUUCCACUCUGUGACUUUCUGGGUCGGCAAUGCCAAGCAGGCCGCGUCGUUCUACUGCAGCAAGAUGGGCUUUGAGCCCCUGGCCUACCGGGGCCUGGAGACAGGAUCCCGGGAGGUGGUCAGCCACGUGGUCAAGCAAGGGAAGAUUGUGUUUGUGCUCUCCUCCGCCCUCAACCCCUGGAACAAAGAGAUGGGCGACCACCUGGUGAAACACGGGGACGGGGUGAAGGACAUCGCCUUCGAGGUGGAGGACUGUGACUACAUCGUGCAGAAAGCCCGGGAACGAGGGGCCAAAAUCGUGCGGGAGCCGUGGGUGGAGGAAGACAAGUUCGGGAAGGUGAAGUUCGCUGUGCUGCAGACGUAUGGGGACACCACGCACACCCUGGUGGAGAAGAUGAACUAUACAGGCCGCUUCUUGCCCGGCUUCGAGGCCCCAACAUUCAUGGACCCCCUGCUGUCCAAGCUGCCCAGCUGCACCCUCGAGAUCAUUGAUCACAUCGUGGGAAACCAGCCCGACCAGGAGAUGCUGUCCGCGUCGGACUGGUACCUGAAGAACCUGCAGUUCCACCGCUUCUGGUCCGUGGAUGACACGCAGGUGCACACAGAAUACAGCUCUCUGCGCUCCAUCGUAGUGGCCAAUUAUGAGGAAUCCAUCAAGAUGCCCAUCAACGAGCCAGCACCAGGCAAGAAGAAGUCCCAGAUCCAGGAAUACGUGGACUAUAACGGGGGCGCUGGGGUCCAGCACAUCGCUCUGAAGACCCAAGACAUCAUCAAAGCGAUUCGCCACUUGAGAGAGAGAGGCAUGGAGUUCCUGGCUGUUCCUUCCGCGUACUACAGACAGCUCCGGGAGAAUCUCAAGACGGCCAAGAUCCGGGUGAAGGAGAGCAUUGAUGUUCUGGAGGAGCUGAAAAUCCUGGUGGACUACGACGAGAAGGGCUACCUCCUGCAGAUCUUCACCAAGCCCAUGCAGGACCGGCCCACGCUCUUCCUGGAGGUCAUCCAGCGCCACAACCACCAGGGUUUUGGCGCCGGGAACUUCAACUCCCUCUUCAAGGCUUUCGAGGAGGAGCAGGACCUGCGGGGCAACCUCACCGACGUGGAAACCAACGGGCUGGUGCGCGGCAUGUAGGCGGGUCGCGGCGGCGCCCUCGCAGCCCCGCCC